AUGGCUCUAGUCCCAUACCGCUCUAAUCAUGACCUCAUUAAACUACGGCGGUUGCUUUUCCAUGAGAACGCAAUCAAUAAGCGCUUGGGUCUUGAAAAGGUGAAGAUGUAUCUGUGUCGAGGAAAGGUCCCUCACGCUGUGAACGCUACAGCUUCCCUAGUAGCACUCGAAUUGAUGGGAAAUUCUGAUUCUGAAUGUCUUCAGCAAGCUUAUUGCUCCUGUUUGACCCGAAUAGUCAAUGGCCUUCUAGAUCCGUUCCAGCUGGCAUCCGUUGCGCUACCCCUCCUGAAGCUAGCUAAAGAGAUUGGUCUUCCAUCGUCUUUUGUGGAGAUUCGCCAUAUGGCCACCCACGAAGAUCUACCGUCGUUGGAUCAUUUGAGGCUCAUUGCGGCUGAGGCUAAGAAAUGGCUUCUGGUGAAUUACUGGGAUCAGGUUGUCGAGAGCGCAGUUCUAGUGCCCGAAAGGGACCAUCAUCAAACAUACACAUCAUCCAAUACAACUGCAAAUCUAAGGGUCUACAAGAAGCUUAGGAAACAGGCUCUUGAUAUGGAUGCAGAGUCGAAAGAUGAGGGACAUUCCAAAAAUCUCAAUGCUGUUAUUCGCAAGCUCAAGUCCGAUCUUCAACGCUCCGCUCAGCGUCAGAAUCUACUCCAAGACUUGAUCUUUAAUUGCCUCAUAUACACCGACAAGAGAAACAGAGAUGUACUGAAGCGAACAAAGUUCAAGACCCUAAUCAAGAUUUACUGGCCACUCCUAGAAGAACUAGGCCGUGAGUUCCAGGCUUCCCUCCUCUUUGCGCUCAUUCAACAAAGCUCAGGACGAUUCGCUAUCGCAUUAACAGCACAAGAAGAAGAACAAGCUAUUCCAUGGGUACAGCACCUCAUUGAGCAGCUUGUUACUGGACAAUUUCCCAUCAGCUCGCGGCUUCAAGAUGUGGAGGCACUACAGGACAGUAUCCAGACUCACAUGAGCCUUUUAAGAGACAAUUCACAGCUCCUGUUGUUCUCGGAGAUUGAUCUCCCUAACUUGGAAGAGGUGUCUCUAAGCAAUAUCCAGCUUAAGGAUGUAUCUCUUGAUCCAGAGAAGGUAGGUAAACUACCGGGCUUUACGCUACGAUUUGGUGAGCUCAAGACUGUGGAAGUCAAAGGCGGCGUGGUUGGUGGUGUGAAUCUUAACAUUACCGGAGUUGAACUCGUAUUGGCCACCAAGAUAGAUGAUCUCGACCAGGAACUCAAGAACAUGCUGGUACUGUUGGCUCAAAGCACUGUUAACUUGGCAAAUACUGUUAUGUUUGAGAGUGAUCUUCGAGACAGCUCCUCGGUCGUUCCGGAAUCUGAAUCGGAUUCGGACACUGAGUCCAAGCCGAGCUCCAGCGGGUCUGGGGAAUCUCUUGGUUCUCAAACACGUCCUAGUGCUUUAGGGGGCGUGAUGUCUCGAGCAUUGGAGAUUGCAUUGCUGAGAUUGCAGGUCAACAUAGCGGAUGUCAACAUCAAAAUCAUGUCGGACUCGGUUGACUUCUUGAUCUCUGUCAAGAAUAUUUCCUUCUCGACCACUAAUAGACAGCACUCAGUUAAGGUCGAGUCAUUGAAGGUGUCAACUCUUCGUCCAGAUUUAGAUCCAGGUCAUGGAGUGGAACGUGCGUCAGAAGUGAGCGCCUCAGACUCGGAGAGUGAACAAGAUGAAAGAAGCAGUGAGGACGAGUCUGCUGAAGAGUCUUUGAUGAGCAGUACAGUCUUCACUCAUGAAGAAGCAAGUUCAGUUUACAUGAGUGCAACUGCUCAAUCGUUCAAGCCUCCCGAGGUCGCUGCAAAUGAAGCUUCAGUCAAACCCGUUCAUCUCCUUUACGUGGAUGAAGUGGAUCUCAACUUCGAGGGAAUGUCUCCCUUAACCGAUCUUCAAAUUGACGUCGGAACUGUACGUUUAGCGGCAGUACCCUUGACACCCACUAUCUCUUUAGUGGUGAACAGCAUAUCCAAGGUCAUGAAGCUCAAAAGUCACCAACUCCGCAAGCAGCACGCCACGACUCGCUCUUCUGCUCGAAAUGCAAGCCGGCCUUCUUCGAGCCUUUCUAAUACCAGUCUGGAGGAGGUCCUGGAUCUGGCGGGAUCUCCUCAACCUCAGCAUGAAGCUCUCUUCGAAAAACUACAUGUCGCAGAGCUUUUCCUCAACCUAACCCUGGCCAUUGAUGACAAUGGUGACUUUGCAUCCGAGGAGGAUGAAUUGGUGAUUGCAGCAUAUAACACAAACGUUAAGCUGAAAAAUGAGGCUCUCGUUUUUGGUGGAAUUGAGACGCUCAAGAUCCUUAAAAUUAUAGGCGGCUUGUCAACUGAGAUCUUCCAUUUUGUUCCGGAAAAGCCGAACUCCCGUUCAUCAUCAGUCUCAAUUGAUGCUGAAUCGUCAACACCCGGUAUUCAGCAUGCACGAGCAGACAUUCGCUUCGAAUAUUUCAGACCAGAAGCCGGUGAUGAAUCUCCAGAAACGACAGUGUUGCUCUCGAAGUCAGCACAAGUCAAGCUUGAUGCAGACUCUUUGCUGUAUAUCCUCAAUUUUUCAGAGGCUACUCAAGCUCUCCUCGAGAAUUUGGGUACAUUAUUCACAAGCCUACGACAAUUGCGAGAUGCAAAAUGUUUGGGCACAAAGAAUCGUCCACCGAACGAUGAUACAUCAUCACAAACGUCUCAUUUUGUGCUUCAGACUUCGUCGAUUCAUUUUGAUAUCCUGAUAUCCUCAAGGGCCGCAUUCGCUUGCAAGAUGUUCCCGGUCACCUUCAACACCUCUGCUGGCAAUUUGAGCAUUCAACGCAUCUUCAUAGAGUCUAUCGUGGAGGGGCAAGCUCGCCACUGCUUGACAAUACCAAACAUCAAUUUCAGAACUGGCUCAGAGAGUUUGUCGAUGUACUUCGUUUCACAAUCGACCCCCCACUUGCGCAAGGAGCGGUACUUCUGUUCAAAGAAUCUCCAUAUCGGAGAGAUUGUUGGAUCAAUGACUGCGGAAGAUAUGAAUGUCUUCAAGAGGGAUUUUAAGGCGUUUAGUCUGAUAUUAAGGUCUCGCGAUACUAAGGUUAACGCAUUAGAUGUCUCACUAAGAAAUCCAGGUACCACGAAAGAUAGCAGGCUACCCACUUCUCUCGGCCAUCUGAUGUUUGUGGGUCAAAGGCGUUUUGGAAAGCAUCAACCUAAACCAAUGUUCCGCCAUAGUGAGAUGAAACAUAAGGCAUCGCUCAGUCUUCACGUCACGAGUUUCGAAUUCACGCUAUUGAGCUUAUUUCCUCGUUUUGGUGACUUGCUGCUUCUGGUAAAUGAACUUGCAUUUAUGAAAAUUGGUGGAGCGUUCAAUGGGUUUGUGGGAGAUAUUGAAGCUGUCCGCAAACAAGAACAAGCAAAAGUGAGAGAGUCUUUGGUUAAUCGUUUCCCGGACACCGGCCCAGUUAUCGUCUUGAGUUACGAUAACUCUGAAAAAGGAAGCACUAUUGAUAUUGUGAUUCGAAAAGUUAUCUUUCAUUAUUACACGCAUUGGAUUCAACUUUUUGAGAGAAACGUAUCUCAAACCCACAAGACAGAGGGCUUCGUUCAAGCAGCCACCCCAUCAAGUGGAGCUGAUCAACAAAAUAAAGUGGAUCUCAGGUUCUCGUUCUGGGACCUCAUUAUUUCACUCAAUCCAGGCAGGCUUUCCAGUCAAAUUCAAUUAGCCACUGAGAGAGCCGUCUGUGACUUCACAUUUGUGAGGGAGCAAUUUUACGUGAAAAGCUCCUUUAGAAAUGUCGCAUUGUUCUUGAUUGAUGACUGGAGAAAUCUUGUCCAUGAUGAGACUUCGAUUGAACUGAAGUCAGAAAUUUCGGCAGGACAAUGGUUAAAAUAUCGAGGAUACCUACGUUGUGGUCAUGCAAACUCGACUCACGUUGGAAUCACGGUUAACACAGAUAUUGAUAGCCUUAAAGCAAGGCAUGAGAAACUUGGAAUACGUGGUGACAUUUCUCUUCUCGAUAUCAAGCUCAAUUCGGACGAACAUCUUCUUGAGCUCUGUGCUGACUCUUAUCAAACUUUGAUCCAGCUGUUGAACGAUUUGAAGGUGCCCGUUACAUUCAAAGACACCGAGAAGUUUCGGUAUAAAGUGGAUACACCUUUUUCAAUGCCUGAUGAAAUAUUAGGACAGUUGAAAGAUCUUCAACUAGAGAAGCCAAGUGACACUCAUUCUGAACCACUGGCUCAUUCAAAAAUGGAUUUAUCUCAUCUCAAGAAUCUUGAGCAAUCUAUUUCGGAUCUUAAAAUGGAGGAAGAAGCUAGUGAAGGUACAGGCGCCUCUAUAGCUUUCAUGGAUGAGCACUUUCGUGAUGAAAAGAAUGCCUCACACACCAGAAUUCUUCCUAUGAGCUUGAUCGUUAAUUUAACAAAAGCAAACAUUUACCUCUUUGAUGGGUACGAUUGGAAGCUGACGAGGAAAUCUUUAAGACAAGCAGUAAAGAACAUGGAGAAAAAAAUCAAUGCUAUCCGCUUGAAGAAGAAAUCUGAUGAUGAGAAAAGUGGUCACAAAGGCCCUGAUGCUUCUGCAGCAAGUGUCGACAAUGAGGCAAAUUCACAAUUCAAUGCCUCGGAUAGUAAUUCAGCUGCCCCUGACGAAGAGGGUAAUGAAGUCAACGAGAUUUUAUUUCAGUCGAUUUACCUUGGCAUGCCUGGAGAUGGUACUGCCAGUAAUUUGGUUACAAGCAUGAACACUGAAAUGCAAGCCAUAAAUAUGGAAACUGCCAAAGAUGAAGCGUUGUAUCCCAGCCUCAAUGUUGAUGUUGAAAAGCAGUAUAAAGACUUGAAGCUCAAGAGAUCAAGGAUUCAUAAAGUGUGGGCCGACAUUGAGAACGUCGAAGUCUAUGUUCAAAACUACACCAAUCGAGACCCAAGAGUCGACGAAACGCCUGAGGAUAUUGACAAGGAGAUGGUGAAUAAGGUCGAAGUAAGACUAGAUUCCUUAACUAUAUUCGACAAUGUACCUUCAUCAUCAUGGAACAAAUUUCUCACAUACAUGAAUGCCAUUGGUGAGCGGGAAGUGGGAACAUAUAUGCUACAGUUCACCAUGAUGAACGUGAGACCGGAUCCCAAAUUACCAUUUACUGAGGUCGUGAUGGACAUCAAAACUUUGCCUUUGCGUCUAUAUGUGGAUCAGGAUACACUCAUGUUCUUGGGAAGAUUUUUCCAAUUCAAAGACAACCGGUUCAAUUUACCGGUGGACGAGCCGAUUUUUGUUCAAAGGCUCGAUAUCAGCCCAAUCAGAUUAAAGUUUGACUACAAGCCAAAAUCAAUGAAUUAUUCAGGGUUUAGAGCGGGUCAAAAUGCUGAAUUGGCGAACCUCUUCAUCCUUGAUUCGGCAGAUUUGAAGCUUGCUAAGACGAAGUUAUAUGGUAUUUUGGGAUUCCCGAACUUGGGACAGGCUCUUAAGGAGGCUUAUGUACCUUAUAUUCAGAAGUAUCAAUUGGCCGGUCUUUUAUCAGGCCUAGCUCCGAUCAAGUCUAUCAUCAAUAUUGGUGAGGGGUUCAGAAACCUUGUCGCAAUACCUUUUCAUGAGUAUAAAAAUAAUGGCCAGGUGAUGAAAAGUAUUCAAAAGAGCUCAAAGUCGUUGACAAAAACGACGGCUUCCGAGCUAUUGAAGCUUGCUGUCAAGCUAGCUUCCGGAACCCAAAACGCUCUUGAAAGUCUGGAGAAGUACGUUGGUGGAGAAGGCAAUCAGGCAAGGGACCCCACGAAUCCAAACCUUUCAUCAAAGAAAUCGAGGAGAAGUUCCAAUGAGUUUAGUACGCUUCAGCAGCAUGAUGAGAAACGGGACCUCAUGCAAGCGUCUCAAUUGUUGAAGAAAAGUGCUCCUCUUGAUGACAAUCCCACUGAGGAUCGCAAGCUCUACUCGGUAAUGCUGAUGGAUGACUUGUAUGAAGAGGACGACCUGGACCUGGAUGGGUUGGAAGGAUCGGUAUUAAUCCUUGACUCAACAGAGAACGGCAAGGAAGCCGAGGAUGAUUCCGAUGACGAAUUGGAUGAAGAGGAGCUUGAGAUUGCUAAGAAGAUUGUUAGUCUCUAUUCCAAUCAACCAACAACUACACGGGAGGGUUUACAAUUUGCAUACAAAGCGCUCGGCAAGAACUUGAAAACCACCAAAAGAUCCCUAUCAGGUUUAACGCACGAGCUCAAGAAUGCAGAGAAUCUCCAGGAGCAGUUAUCCUCGAUAGCACGGAAAUCUCCGGCCAUUGUGAUAAGACCUAUGAUAGGCACGACCGAGGCAAUAAUGAAGACGUUGAUGGGAUUAAGUAACGAGAUUGAUCCGACAUAUGUGGUGGAGAAUGAGGACAAAUACGGAAAGGACAAUUGA